AUGGUCCAGGCCUACCGCCAGCGCAUCGUGUCGGGCGAGGUCACCUUCGAGGCCCUGGCCGCCACCGAGAGCCACUGCAGCAGCGCCAAGCGCGGCGGCGACCUGGGUCCGUUCGGCCGCGGCGAGAUGCAGAAGCCGUUCGAGGACGCCACCUACGCGCUGGCCGUCGGCGAGGUGAGCGAGCCCAUCGACACCGCCUCCGGCAUCCACAUCAUCUUGAGAACCGCCUGA